ACGGAAUUCGAAAAAGAUUGUGUGAUGCCAGUCAGAUCACCAAACUCUAUUCGCGCCAGAAGUCUCAUCCGGAACAACUUGGAGAAGUCAAGCAAUAACACUCAGCAGCAGCAGCAACAGCAGCACCUGCAGUCCAGAAUGCCCAACAUCAAGGUCUUCUCCGGUUCAUCCCAUCCGGAUCUGGCGUCGCGCAUCGUGGAUCGCCUCGGAAUCGAUCUCGGGAAGGUGGUCACGAAAAAGUUUAGCAAUCUGGAAACAUGCGUCGAAAUCGGCGAAUCAGUACGUGGCGAAGAUGUGUACAUCGUACAGUCCGGAUCCGGGGAGAUCAACGAUAACCUGAUGGAGCUGUUAAUUAUGAUCAAUGCGUGCAAGAUCGCUUCCGCUUCCCGUGUGACCGCUGUGAUACCCUGUUUCCCUUAUGCUCGCCAGGAUAAGAAGGACAAGGCAGGCGAUGAUAAGCUGGCCAUGUUGAUGAAAACCCAUGAGUGGAAGUUUCGGAGCCGUGCACCGAUCUCGGCAAAGUUGGUAGCUAAUAUGUUAUCAGUGGCUGGUGCCGAUCAUAUCAUCACGAUGGAUCUACAUGCUUCACAGAUUCAGGGUUUCUUUGAUAUCCCAGUGGAUAAUUUAUAUGCCGAACCGGCAGUGCUCAAGUGGAUCCGGGAGAAUAUCGUAGAGUGGCGAAAUUCCAUCAUUGUGUCGCCGGAUGCCGGCGGUGCUAAGCGUGUGACUUCGAUUGCUGAUCGAUUAAACGUUGAAUUUGCUCUGAUUCACAAAGAGCGAAAGAAGGCAAACGAAGUUGCUUCAAUGGUGCUGGUUGGUGACGUGACAGAUCGGGUAGCUAUCCUAGUGGAUGAUAUGGCCGAUACGUGCGGCACUAUUUGCCAUGCGGCAGAUAAACUAAUGGAAGCCGGUGCCACCAAGGUGUAUGCCAUUCUUACACAUGGAAUAUUUAGCGGGCCAGCUGUUUCGCGGAUAAAUAACGCUUGCUUUGAGGCCGUAGUUGUUACGAAUACUAUCCCUCAGGGUGGACAUAUGAAGGAUUGUCCUAAGAUUCAGUGUAUCGACGUGUCCAUGAUGUUUGCUGAGGCUGUCCGCCGAACUCACAACGGCGAAAGUGUUUCCUAUCUGUUUUCGAACGUUCCCUAUUAAAUAGAACACGUUCGUACCUGGACAACGCUAGGAGGGCAAAAGGGAAUGGAUUUAAGCCACGACUCCUCGUAGACGCCAUUUUUCUAACAUUUAUUUUAUCAUCGUUUAUAUUUUGAGGAAGUACACAUUUAUAUACAACAAAAUAUUAACAUUUCUGGCUAUGAAAGACUCGCAAACUUGAAAAACAAUCGAAAGUGAUUGGAUUUAUGCUUUUAAUAGGGGGACCAUUUCUUUUGAAAAGGUCCCCCUAUUAAAAGAAAA